GACAGCUCUGGCUCCAGCUCCCUCAUCGACUCAAACAUCUCGCCUGCACGCCUACCUCUCUCCUCAGCUCGUUGACGGAAGAAACAAAACAAAACAGCCACGACCAAGAACCGCCCUGUCUCGAGCCCAAGCUCACAUCCUCACCAAUCAAGAACAGUCGGGAAUGGGAAACCAGCUCUCGAUCCCACAAUUCUUGAUCCCCGAAGUCUCUAGUUCCCAGCUCUCAAACAUCGUGCUACUACAGCUGGUACCAAGCAUGUCCCAGUUACCUCCUACGCCGCCCAUGUCUGGCGGCUCCCUCGACGUCGUCCAAACCCCGGAGACAAGUCACGAAGAAGAUAGCCAGCUUCCUCCCAACAGCAACAACAAUAACAACAACGAGCAAAAGAAGGAACCAAAGAAGCUAGAGACUCCUUCAAAGGCUCAGAAGCAGAAAUUGCCGAUUUCGAGACACGGGCAGCGCAUGAAGAUGUUGCAGGUGACAACGAGCCCUCAGCUUCCUGUCGAGAACAAAAUCAGCAACAACAACAACAACAUUAACAACGACAACAACAAUGAUGAUGAUGACAACAACAAGCAUCCCGCAGUCGACGAUCUCUCGACUGACGAACCCCCACCAGACGCAAAAGCAUCAAGUACUUCUACCACUUUCGAGCCAGACCUUGAAGGACUCUCACAGUACAACAAGCAAAUGCAGGAGUUAUAUGGAAAGGAGCUCGAGGCACUCACGAAGGCCCAGAAGCGGAGAUAUCCGAUUUCGAAAAAAGGAAAGCUCAUGAAGCUAUCGCACGUGACGAUGAAAACUGGGCAUGAAAAUGCAGGAGGGAAGUUCAAGGAUUUGGAGGUUGUAGUGUUCGCGGAAAGAGUAGUGAAUUUGGAAUCUUAA